AUGCCGGGAUCUCUGAGGGUACAGGCAAGCAAGCGCAGUGCCCGAAAAGCUGUGAAGAGGAGUCUCCCUAAGGAAGGUAAUAUCGCACACGGUGGUACUUCCGCAGGGGGUGUUGACUCUGCAACUUCGGCUUCUGUGGUGACAGGCAGCGCCGCCUCUACAUCGACCCUGACGAAUGCGGUAACGCUCAGCACAUCCGAGCAAGAGCGGGCGGUGGAGGCGAUCAAGGAGACUCUUCCCGUAUCUGCCAGUCGCACGGAGCUUCGCAAAGACCCGAUAUAUCGUAUCAUGCACGCUCUUCCUCGUUCCGAUGUGCUGGAGGUGGUGCGCAGUCGCUUUGCAAAGUCGCACUGCGAGCGCGCUGCGGCGUAUUUUGACAUCUCCUACAUGAAAAACCCUCUGCGGCACCUGCGUCUCCAGCUUGGGUGUGACGGUCCUACAGGGAUUCACUUGUUCUUCCAACGCAUCGCUGCGCAUCGCCACACUCUGCGCGUGGUGGACUUCUCACGAAAUCGGCUGAGCACUGACGAUGCCAUUCUACUCUGUAACACCCUAGGUCUAGGAAGCGCCGGAGAUGCAGCCACCGCGCUAGGUACUACGAGAUCGUCGUCUGGAGGUGUUGUAGCUGAUUUGACAGUCUCAACGACAGCGAGGGCCUCCGCGCCACCGCCUUCCUCGCUCGAGCUUUUGGACCUCAGCUACAACACAAAGCUUGGUAAUGACGGCGCCAUACACGUCGUGACGGCACUGCGACACUGCCCGUCAAUACGGGCAGUGAUCCUCAAAAGUGUAGGCAUCGAUGAUGAUGGUGUGAUGGCGGUGAUGGGUGUCGUACGCCGCUGGCCGGCGCCGACCCUCUGCGCCUCCUCCGCUACCCCACACGCGCUGCUUCGCCCACCUACUGCCUCGGCCACCAAGUUUUAUCUGAACUUGAACGAAAACUACAUCGGCGCUCGCGGCACGCACGUGCUCGGGAAGGGUCUGCCAGACCACGUGUCACUUACCCUGGCAAAGCAACGGCCAAGGCCGGCGCUUGACCGGAAGCGCUCGCGAGACGAUAACGGAACCGCAUGCCGAUGA